CCAUGAUUCAGUCUACUCCGAAGUUACUGGGACACUUUAGCACUCUCUUGGCGUCUUCAAGUCCAUUGUAAUACUGAGAGGCCCUGUGAAGCUGCCCUUCCGAAGCCGGAUUCAAAAACCUCUUCCUCCUCUUCUUCUUCCUUCCCCUGUCUCCAGAAUCCUAGGACGGCAUAUUCAGGAAGUAAUCAUCAGAAAAGCGGAAGGAGAAGUACACGUCACUAUGAAGUCGUUAGCAGUUAAUUUUAUGGCUCUGCUCCUCUCAGUUGGAGCAGUGGUUACUAAUUCUUGUUAUCAUAUUGGCAUCCAGUUCGCUGGAUUGUGUUCUGUUAUUUUCAAAAGCGUUUCUCGAACGGAUUUCAAGGACAGGAGAGGUGGUCUUCAGGAAGAGGCUGUGGCCGCUCUCAGAGAAGAGGUUGCACUUAAGGAAAGGGAGAUCACAGAAGCGAAACGAGCUUUCAAGGAGGAAAGCCGAAAAAACAAGAUCCUGCGAUCUAUGAUAGAAAUUCUGAGAAUACGCGCUUCCAAACGAGAAGAGGAGGAUAUGGAACGCGCCCAGACGAAGCAGGAAAGUGAAUUCAGACGUAAAAUUACAACGUAUACCGACCUUGAGAAAGACAUUCAAGUACUCAAGGAGGGACAAGAAGUCCUACAAAAACAGAUGGAACAACUCAUGAAUCUUCUGAGGAAAGAGGAAGAAAGGCCACUUGGCGAGCAGAGUCAUAUUAAUCAGGAUAUGAAGACGCCAAAGGGUUGGCCGACUGAGGCUAGACGAGAGAAAUAUUGGGAAGAAGAAAAUGUACAUCUUCACGAAUUGAUGGUUGAAAGUGAUUUGAGUUACUGUUCACUGGUGAAGAAAGAUUCGAACUGGCAUUCCAAUGAUUGUGAUUCGUCGUGGUGCGUAGUCUGUGAAUUGGAAGACAGGAUGAAGGCGGACGAAGCCGAAGCUUGGAAUGCGUCUGGGAGGAGGAAGAAUAAGAGGAAAAGGAAGGCGCCCAUGGCAAGGAGAUACAGACCAAAACGUUGGAAUCCCAGGGAAAGCGCUUCUGGCUUAAAAUUCAACGGAAGCAUUGGAAAGGUGAGAAAGCCGCAAAAGAACAAGAGUCAGCCGAAGCGCCAUCUGAAUUAUUACGAGGACUAUGCCGAGACGCAGGCUCUGCGUGAGGAGCUCGCCAGGCAAGAUUCAGAGCUUGACUACAUGGAGGACCUGCUUAGCAUCGGCAAAAGCAAGUAUCAACGUCUCCAAAAGCGACUGGACUCUGAAAAGGAUCAUAACAGAUUACUGAUGAAUGAAAACUCGAAGAUGAGAGGAAACCUGGAAAAGCUCUGCGAAAUCGAGAAAGAACUGAGAAUCCAGCUUGACAGAGCAAACUGCUCUCUCGCCCGAAAGGACGAGGAAAUGGCAGUUAUGAAACGUAAACUCGAUGAGGUACAUUUGGCGUUUGCAAGCAAGUCCAAAAUUCAUGACGAGCAGGGUAACGCGUUGUUCAAGUGCCAGAAAGAGAAUGCAAAGCUGGAAGAGCAGGUCCAGAGACUCUGCAAGGAAAUUGAGAAAAUGCGGCAAGAAGAAAACUUGAGGUUGUGUGAACUCCAGCAGAAAGACAAACAGCUAAAUUUAAUGGAACAGCUGCUGAAGGAGAGGGACUCCGAAAUCAAGAGGGGACUCGGCGAAGAUCUGGAAUUAAGGGAACUCGUGGAUUAUCUGCAGGGACAGCUUGAAUGCAUCAAUCGGGAGAGGAACCAUCUGGCCGAGCAAUUAAAAAACCUAUUAUUGGUAUGUCGCCAUCAAAAGAUGGGGCUAUUAAAGUACGACAAGGUGAUACAAAUACUGAUGGAAUGGCGGGAAGGCGUCAGACAAGGAUUACAACAGAAGGACUUCGAAAUGGUGAUCGCCAACCGUCAAUAGCAUAAAAGGAAAAGAAGAAUAAGCAGAGAGAGGAGGACUGGAUUGGAAGAGAUUUCUGGAGAGAGACAAUAUGAAAAGAACUGAACGUAUGGGUAUGAGUGGGCAUGAAUGUAGGUAUGAAUGUGGGUAUGAGUGGGUAUGAAUGUAGUUAUGAAUGUGGGUAUGAGUGGGUUGAAUGUAGGUAUGAAUGUAUGUAUGAUUGUGGGUAUCAAUGCACGUGAAUGUAAAUGUGAGCGCGCUCACUUGCGGAUGAGUGAAUGACUGUGAAAUUUGUGGUUCUUUUCUUGCACUCUCUUUAAUUUCUCUAACCAAUCUAACUCAUUCUCUUUCUCAUAUAAAUUCUCUCCUAAGCCCAAACCUGGACCUACACCUAAGCCUACAGGAUAUGGGGAUGCUGCAAGUUACAUGGUCUGGAAGGAAGACCAAUACUCAAUCUGGACAUGAGGUAACUACUAUAGACCUGCACCCGAGGCUGGAGGAUGGAAGGCAGUUGGGGGGCUGCUGGAAGUUCCCUGGCCUAGAAGGAAGAUCAAUACUCAGUCUGGACUUGAGAUACCUACUAGACCCUGACCCGAGGCUGGAGGAUGGAUGGCAGUUGGGGGACUGCUAGAAGUUCGCUGGCCUAGAAAAAAGACCAAUAUUCAGUCUGGACUUGAGAUACCUACUAGACCCUGACCCGAGGCUGGAGGAUGGAAGGCAGUUGGGGGGCUGCUAGAAGUUCACUGGCCUAGAAA